UAAUUUUCUCCGGGAGUAGGCGCGCCCGCGACGCUCAGGGUGGUCUCUCGUUCGCCUCCGCUCUCCGUUGAGAGAGUGAGCGGGAGAGAGAGACGGACAGACUUCUGUCCGAAAGAGAGAGGAAAGGAGCCCGGCCGGCGCGAUGUCGCUGUUCCACACCAAGGAAUGGUGGCGCACCGAGUGCGGCGACUCCCAGGAGAGCUUCGACGGCCAGAGCUUGCUGCUCGUGCGAGAGCUGUUCGGCAAGGAGCAGCUGCCCGCGGAUCUCAUCUGCGUGGCCAGCCACAGAGGCUACUUGAGGAUCUACGCGCCUACCAGCCAGUGGGACGACGAGCUCCACGCGCCCACUGCCUACAAGUCUACGGAUCUCGUGGUCGAGGUCAAGCUCGCCGACGCCAUAGUCGAUCUCAAGGCUGGCAAAUUCGUCUCAGGCUCGCAAGACACAAGACUGGCCAUAUUGACACCGACGAGAUUAGCAAUUUAUUCGGCAACGUUAACGAAGGGCUCCACCGAACACGGCGAUCGAUGCAGCCUGCAGAUGGCCUACGAGCACCAGCUGAAAUGCUUUCCAGCGUCGCUGACGAUCGGCCCGUUCGGCGGCGCCCGGGGCCGUGAUUUUCUCUGUGUGCAAUGCCUCGACGGCACUCUCCUCUUCUACGAACAGGAGGUUUUCGCGUUCAGCCGUGUCUUGAAGGACAGAUUAUUGCCGGAGCCCCUCGUCUACGUCGCGCGGAACGACGUGUUCGUUACGCUUGGUCCCGGCUGGGUUCUCGAGUGCUACAGGUACCAAAAUAUGGCCGAGGUGGGUAAGAAAGGGGAAGCCGAGGAUGCGAAGGUGAAGAAAGGCGUCGUACCCGAUUGGAGUUACAACAUUGGCGAACCGAUCCUGGGUAUUCAAACCGUUGUGCUAAGCAGCUUCGAGGUCGGAAUCGUCAUACUGGGCGAAAGAACGUUAUUUUGCCUUGGCGACGCUUGCACUUCCAUCAAAACGGCCAAGCGCCUGGAGUACGGUGCAUUGUGCUUCGUCGCUUAUGUUAUCGAGCCGGACGGCAAGCUGAUGGUGAUCGUGAUCGCCGAUACGAGUACUCUGAUGAUUUACGAAGGCACGACCCUUAAGUGGUCGGCCAAGCUACCUUUCGCUCCAGUAGCCGUGGCAAGGGCUCACUUUCAGAACUUGGAAGGCGCGAUUGUCGUGCUAUCGGAAGAGGGUCGACUGGAGGUCUGCUAUCUCGGAUCGGAGCCGUCGCUUUUCGUUGCCCCGCCGAUACACCGACGAGGAUACGAUUACGCCGCCGCCGAGAAGGAGCUGCUCGAUCUGCGCCAACUUCUAAAGAAGUCGUCGUCGUCAGACGAUCAAGUGUCGAACGCAAUGUUGGAAGCGGAACUGUCGAUAAACGCAACGGUGUCCCCGGAGCUACUGCCUUCGCCGUACGUGUCGUUGCACACCGACGUUGACAAAGAGGAAGACAAAGCAGCCAAACAGUCAUCCAUGUGCAAGAUCGAGAUCGAGCUUACGUCGUACACCACCCUGCGCGACGUGCAGGUCAUUCUUCAGACUUCCGAGCCGCUUGUCAUUUCCAAGGACUACCUUUCUCUAACCAAUUUGUGUGAAAAGUACACGAUGGAAACCACAGUCUACCUGGGCGAUGAUCAGAUAUUGCCGAUAGAUUCGGAAGUCGAAAUCGUGGCUACGUACGAGAAUGAUUCCGGCGAGCUGCGCGUGGUGGACAAGACGGUUCAGAUACCGUUGAAAAUGCUAUUGCGACCAAGUCCACCGGAGAGCACCGCCGCGUUCUCCGUGACAAUCAAGAGCGCAGAGCCAGUGUUAAACUUCAGCCAAAUCUUCCCAGAGUUCAUCGGCGAAUACUCGGUUCGGCAAGCGGCGAACUCGCUGGGUCUGCAGCACGCACUCGAUCCACAGUCCGUGGUCACGAUAGCGUCGGGCUUGAUGCUCAACCGGUAUCGCGUCCAAGCGAACGACGCCAACGCUAUGACGCUCGUGCUGCAUCAGCUGAUCGGCAGGCUCAAGGAUAAGGCUCCGAAGCUCGCCGAAAAUUUGUCCUGCACCAUUGCUCAGCAGCAUCUUCAGCUUGUCCAGGACAAGAUCGACGUUCAUUUCGAUGCCAGGUUGAAAAUGAAGGCCGCUACCAAGGAGAUUGGUCUGCUGACGAGCCAGUUGCGAUGCAUCGAGAGGAGAAUGUUGCGCGGCAUGAAGGAGAGGAAUUCCCGAUCGCUCGCCGCCACCGGACUACCGACCCUCCUCGAGUCCACGUAUCGCGCGAUCUUCGCGCUACUCGACGAUCUUGAGGCCGCCCGUGCGGAAAGAGAACGAGCCUUUCAGAGUCUGCGGAACUCGCUGAGGCUGCUGCGGCUGAUGCUGCAGCUCACUGUCAGCGAGGACAAGUGCGAGCUCUUCGAGUCGGCGUUUGUGUUCAAGCCUCAGCUCCGAGACGAAGUCAUUACAUGCCCCCGAGGAGCGCGGCCACGACGACGCCAGAGCCGCCACCGCCGCCUCUACAGCAGCAGCACCAUGGGCUCGACACUAUACCUCAUCAGGAUACCGAUUGUUCUACUUGGCCUGGCCGUGUUCAUCGGACUACCCGCUUGCGGCGUUGCCACCGAGAGCAUCAAAGGUAGCCGAGAGACGUGCGACGUUGAAGGCGAAGACUUCACCGUCGACAAAAUACCAAAUACAAAAUGCUUCAACUGCAUCUGCAAGAAUGGUUUUGUAGAGUGUCUGAAGCAGCAGUGUCCAAGCAUCGAGGGCUGCUACAUGCUCCUCGAACGAAAAAAAGACGAUUGCUGUCAAAAGUGCAAAGGAUGCGUGAAAAACAACAUUCAUCAUCAGUCCGGUACCGAGUGGACGGAUCCGGCCGAUCCUUGCAGAAUAUUCACGUGUAACGCUGGCGUUGUCACGGAAUCCAAGCUGAGAUGCUACACUCCCUGCGGCAGUCCCGUGCCACCGGCGGCCGGACAGUGCUGUCCCACCUGCGCAGGUUGCUUGGUCAACGGGCAGAAGGUAACGGAGGAAAGGUCCGUCACGACGACCGAGGAUCCGUGCGUCGCGUGCAGAUGCAACAAGGGCCGGCUGACCUGCGCCAAGAAAGCAUGCCCGGUGCUCCAUUGCCCGGUGUCGAGGAUCGUUCACGAGCCAGGCGAGUGCUGCCCGCGAUGCAAAGGAAGCGGCAAGUAUCUGAUGCCGCCGCGAGGUGCCUGCAUCCUCGGCACCACCUUCCACAAGUCGGGCCAGCAGAUCUAUCUGGACGAGUGCACGCGCUGCUCGUGCCACAACUCGGCGAUACUGUGCACCAAGGAAACCUGCCCGGUGCUCGAGUGCGCCAGCGAAUACCAGACCAAGCUGCCGGGACGCUGCUGUCCUCAAUGCCCGGUGAUCGAGGAGUCGCGCGCUGCCUGCGUCUACGCCGGCAGAACUUACGUGGAUGGCGAAACUUGGAAGCUAGAUCCCUGCAAGUCGUGCGCAUGCAAGCAGGGCAAGGUGCGCUGUGCCAUGUCCAUGUGUCCGCCUCUAACCGAACCCUGUCCGCCGAAUUCGCGUAUGGAACUGCCCGAAGGCCAGUGCUGUCCACGAUGCGUUGAAAGCGACGGUGUGUGCACGGUGUUUGGCGAUCCCCACUACCGUACAUUCGACGGCAAGUUCUACACGUUUCGCGGUGCAUGCAAGUACCAGCUGACGAGCGACUGUAGCAAUCACACCUUCAGUAUCCGCGUGACAAACGACGCACGCGACACGCGGCUGUCCGCUUGGACCAAAACCAUCUCCUUGAAGAUCAACGAUCUAAAAGUCAAUCUCGGUCAAAGGAUGAGGGUGAAGGUGAACGGCGAAAGAGUUCAAGUGCCUUAUCGUAUGGCUAACAGAGUUGACAUCAAUCGCACUCUUGAUAGUAUCGUCGUCAGUACCCAUCUUGGUAUCAAGAUACUUUGGGACGGAAUCAGUUUUCUUGAGGUCUCUGCGCCAACUUCGUAUAGGGGUCAACUCUGCGGUUUGUGCGGCAACUUCAACUCUGUGCCGAAAGACGACUUCUUGAACAGAAAAGGCAAGAUGAUGACCGAUCCAGUGAGUUUUGGUAACUCAUGGGCGGUUGGCGCGAAAAAGGUCUGCUCGAGGAAGAGGAGUCAAACGUUAAAACGCGGCUGCAAGCUCAGAAAGGACCACAGGCUGUGCAACAGACUGCGCUCGUCGAUCUUCGAGUCGUGCCACCGCAAAGUCAAUCCAACGAUGUACUACAAGGCUUGCCUGCAGGACAUGUGCGAGUGCCCGAACGAGGAAUGCUACUGCGAGUCGUUCAUGGCAUACGCGCACGACUGUCAGCGGCUUGGCAUUCAACUACCUCACUGGCGAAAGUCCACGCGUUGCCGCACGGUUUGGGACAGCACACCAGCUCUGCCCAAAGCUUUUCGCGACGUUGCCACUCAUAAGAAACGUCACCCGAAGCGCUAAUUUUCAUCGGCAACGAUUCGUCUCUUAAUAUUGUUUUUUGUUUGUCUCUUGCCGGAGCUGAGAAUCGCUUCUUCUGCUCUCCGUCAUUUACUGUGCUAGUCAUCAGCUUGUACACUCGAUAUAUAUGCGCAUUAAUGAUUUAGCUUUAUUACCUUGUGCCGAGAGAUACAUGCUAGAUUUGAUGCCGCUUUCAAUUACCGCACGCGAGCGAGCCAAUGUGAAUUCUCGCCCGAAGCGAUUGCGACUUGAGAUGCGUACGAAAUGAGAAUAAUUAUUUUGUACACCAUUCGUGUGUCUAGUUCUCGUAGUUGUUUUUCUUGUUCUUUUUCUUUCACGUUAAAAGCUCACGCGCGUGCGCGCUUCCAAUUUGGAUCGUCGAGAGACGAGAAAGAUUGCGAAGCGCAGACAACAACAUUUGAAAUUGGCAUCAUUGGCGACAAACAAACACACACACACACACACACACACACACACACACACACACACACAGAGCCACACAGUCGAUGAUCUGAAGUUGAUCAGGUUGUUCGAAUUUCUAUGAGCACCUUGCAGUAUUCGGCCGAUGAGCAGGCUCGCGGCAUGAUGUAGCGUCUACUCGCUUGACCCGCGCGAGCG